ACAAAACCUCUCUCUUGGCUUCUAUAAUAUAAGCUGUACUAUCAGUUCAAGUGCUUUGUGUUUGAUUCAUUCUUUUUCUUGCAUUUUAUGAAGUCGUCAUGCCUCCAAAACUAAUAAGACUUGCCCCACACGAAGCUGAGAACGAGUUUGAACUAUCUCUAAGGCAAGCCUUCGCAGUUGUUGAGCCGCAGCUAAGAUCCCCAUUCCCAUUGACAAUUCCCAGUCCAGAAGAAUACUCCCAGUUGAAUAGCGCCAUACUCUAUGGCGUUUUGACUGAACCCCACCUCGCCAAAGUCCAUAUCAAGCAUCUACAUGCUGUAGUCACUGAUGGGUAUGGUUUAUUUGUGAGUUUGCUUGUAAAAAUUGUUAACGAACUGUAUGUGAAACUUUUUUAUUCGGUGAAAAGUCAACUGAUUUGGGUUACCAAGGAGAUGAUUGAUGUUUUAGCUGUAGGAUUUGAUGGGUUGUUGUGCUGUUUGUUGAGGCAGAUUGUUGGUGGGGAUUUUAGUGAUGUGAAUUUGUGGUUGUGUUUUGAGCUGGUGAAUGUGUUUUUGGGUAAAUGGGAUUGUUUAUUAGAGGAGGAACCUUUGGUUUUGAGCAGUGCAUUGUACACUUUUCUUCGUUUAUUAGCUGAUCAUUGUAGGUUUUCGAGUAAUGAGAAAUUGGAUCCAUUGAAGCAAUUAGAGAUUGAGUAUUGCGUCAAAAUGUUGAGGGAGCAGUUUCAUUUGUGUUUAAAGGUAGGUAGGGAUCUUGUUCGGUUACUACAGGAUUUGGUUCAUGUACCAGUGUUUCGAGCUAUAUGGAAAGAUUUGGCAUUGAACCCAAAUGAGUUUAAGACUCCAGGGUUCUCAGAUUUAUCACAGUUGGAUCACCUUAGGACUUCAAGUAGGUAUUUUUUACUUAGGAUCACUCCUGAAAUGGAAAACCAGUUGCGAUUUUUGCUUACACAUGUGAAAUUGGGGAGACAAAAACGGUAUCAGGUUUGGUUUACUAAGAAGUUUAUAUUUGGGCCGGAGAGAGAGACUCUUAUAGUUGACAUUGUACGGUUCAUAUGUUGUGGGCAUCACCCUUCUAAUGAAGUUCUUCAAUCGGAGGUUAUUCCUAGAUGGGCUGUCAUUGGUUGGCUUCUUAAGUGCUGUAGGAAGAAAUAUGUUGAAGCAAAUGUGAAGCUGGCACUGUUUUUCGAUUGGCUUUUCUUUGAAGAAAGUUUGGAUAACAUAAUGAAUAUUGAGCCUGCAAUUCUGUUGAUGGUAUGCUCAAUACCCCAAUAUAUUGACGUGACACACACCCUUCUUGAUUUUUUGUUCCUUCUUGUGGAUAACUAUGACAUGGACCGUAGUGAUAUUAUAGUUAGAGGUGUAACAUCUGCUUUUGGUGCAUUGGUUCAGAAGGGAGUGAUUCACUCCCUGAAUGUGUUGACCUCAUGCGAAGCACUUUCUCCUUACCUGAAAGAGAGGCUUGGGAAGCUUGUGUUAGCAUCUAAAGCUGGAGAUCCUAAGGGGUUGCAGUCGGCGCAUGUUUUCAGUUUGCCACUUUUAACUCCACCCCCAGAAAGACAGCCUACAAAAACUGGGGAAGAUGGAUUGAGAACCAGAUCUGCCAAUGCUUCUGUUUCAAUUUCGGAUGACUUGGCAACUCCCUGUAGUUUGCCAGUUAUUACUGCUGAAACUAUUAAGAGUUUGGUUCAAAAUCUGGGAGAAAGUAUAAGAAAUUCAAGUAAACUGGGCCUUGAAACGUUGGAUGCACUACUUCUAUCAUUUGUAAAACUUGAGUGCCAAAAACCAGGAAGUGCAUCCAUAGGGCCAGAAGCUUUAUCUUCUAAAAUAUCGAAGGAAUUUGAAUUAAAUGGCUACAAGCUGUUUGCUCCUCUUGAAAAUCUUCCUGAUGCUCCUAACCAUGAUGAUGAAAUUGGGUCAGCAACAGCCUUCGUAAUUCGCACAAUAAUAUUUUCACAGCAUGAGAGUAUGCAAAAAAUGCUGCUGUUCUGGUUAAAGAAUGGUUUUCCUGUUGGAGCACGCAUAUUAUCAUAUGCUUCAAGGCUAGCUUAUGAGGCAGAUAUGGUGAAAAGUUUGAUGGUUGACAAUGAUCUGGUUAAAAUAAAUGGUUCAGGGAUGGAGUUAUUGAUCUCUCAUGCUGAUGGUUAUUAUGCUUUUCUGAAUGAAAGAAACGGAGAUUCCUUUGGAUCCAUUGUUUCAACUUUUGUAACCAAUAAAGAAUUUGUUGCUAAGUUAGUGGAUAGUGCUUUUGCUGCUUACAGAUGUUUCCUUGCUUACACGAAAACUAUCUUACAUGGAGAAGCUGAUACAUCUCUGUCUAAGCUUCUUCUCUCUGAUUUGAUAUCUUGUUACACCUGGGGAAAGAAAAGACAGAAAUUCUUACUUGGCAGCAUCUUUUGUCAUCUUACGGAUUUAUUGGUUAGUGAGGAAUACAUUAUCAAGUUUAUUGUCAGUCGAUUGAAUCAUGCUGAUCUUGUAGAUAUACGGCUAGAAAUUGGCUUGAAGAAAUACUCUUUAUUUGGGGAGAAUAUAGAAGCCAUUUCCCACUUAAUUAUGAACUCUCUCCAUUGGGACUGCAUAGAACAACAUAAAUUUUGGGACUUGGUUAGGUCAGAGAUUGCGGUUUCUAAGAUUCAGGUGGAGAAGAUCAUUUUGGAAUUUUUCUGCUCUCAUGAUUUAGAUGCAAAUGUUGAUGCCAUUGCUGUUGGAGGCCUUUUGUCGUUAUGCAAUUUUUGUGCCCCAACGCUUGAGCUUGUUGGGGCAAUCAUGUUAUUACCAAAUAAUGUGUUCCAGGACUUCUCUGCUGCAGCUCUGGCUGCAUGGUUUAUAUCUAAUUCCUCGAUGCUGUUUGACAGCUUAGCUAAAUUUUCAGAGAAGUUUGACAACAAGAAUGAAGAUUCCGUUUUCUCCAAUUCGACUGGGAUUAUGAUAAACCGGUCUGCCAUUUUAUGGUUGUUGAAUCAUUUUAACGUGCAGGGGACAAGUAGCUCUGAUGUUUUGAGUAACUUGUCUAUCAGUCUACAAGGCUAGAAAGCGACAUAAGUGUCAUUUAGGAAUUUUAUGAUGUUUCUUUCACCUUUUGUUUAAGUUUUUCCUGUCGCUGCAACAAUCAAUUCAUUUCUGGUCACUUCUGUACAUCAAGAUAGCUAAGCAGCAUCAGAUGAGGGCAGCACUGGUUGAUGAUGCUCUUCCUAGUAUACUGGAUGAAGAAACAUUGUUGAUUCAGAUGCAUGCUGCAACAUUUGUUUUUGAACGUUUAGGUGGAUGCAGCUAUCUUCUCCUUCAGACAGGACAACCCAGAUGUUAGGUCAACCCAUCUAUGACCCCUGGGUUUUGAAAGAUAGGCGACCAACUGCUGUAGCCAAAUAGAAUGCAUUAAAUAUCAGUAUUUUACUUGUGAGAGUGCAGUGAACCAUUUGUCAUCAAAGUCAUAGAAGGUCACUUCUGGACAUCAAGAUAGCCAAGAGGUUUGUACUGAUUGCAACACUAGUUGAUGAUCGGUUCCCCAGUGGACUACAUGAAGGUCUGUUGGUAUUUUUUAAUAUUUAGGUUGAUGUCAGUGGCACCUCUUCUAUAUGAGACAGCC